AUAGAAAAAAAAAAAAAAGGUCAGAUUUUUAGCGUGUGAAGUAAAUUAAACAUUUUGAAAAUCAUUGAUGGUUGUCCAUGUGCGUUUCGGAAACUGAAAUAAGAAAUUUAAUAAUAGAGCUCGCCGGUGAUGUAAUAAGACCGUUGGGAAAGACUCUCGCCGAACUGGUUCGAAAAUUUUGGAGGGAAACAGGUCAUGGCCAUUCUCAUAUACAGAACCUCUUCAACUCCGACAACAUUCUCCAAUGGCGUCAGAGAUCAAGAACCUCCUCUUUCGAGGCCUUGACUCCUUCAAACAGUUCAAGCAUCUUCACGCUCGGCUUAUCCGUCUCGGUCUCGACCAGGACAGCUUUCUUCUCAACAUGUUCUUGCGCCAUGGCUUCGAAUUCGGCAAUACUUGUUACGCUCGCCUGGUCUUCGACCAAACCAUAGAACCCAACAUUUACCUUUGGAAUACAAUGAUCCGUGGCUUGGUCUCUAACAAUUGCUUCGACGAUGCUAUUGAUUUCUACGGUUCAAUGCGGAGACAGGGAUUCCUACCCAACAAUUUCACUUUCCCUUUUGUUCUAAAGGCUUGUGCAAGGCUUUCGGAUUUUCAACUGGGUUUGAAAAUUCAUACCCUUGUGGUAAAGGCGGGUUUCGAUUACGACGUCUUUGUUAAGACUAGUUUGCUCUGUUUGUACUCGAAAUCUGGCCAUUUGGAGCAUGCCCGUAAGGUUUUUGUAGAUAUUCCUGAAAAAAAUGUUGUUUCUUGGACUGCUAUCAUAAGUGGUUAUAUCAGCGCUGGCCAUUAUAGAGAAGCCAUUGUUAUGUUUCGCGGAUUGUUGGAGAUGGGUUUGAAGCCUGAUGGGUUUACCCUUAUCCGGGUUCUGUCUGCCUGUACUCGGUUGGGGGAUUUAAGUUUUGGGGAGUGGAUUCAUAGGUACAUAACAGAGAAUGGCAUGGGAUGGAAUGUCUUUGUGGCAACUUCAUUGGUAGAUAUGUAUGCCAAGUGCGGAAACAUGGAUAAAGCACGUUAUGUCUUUGAUGGGAUGUCUGUGAAGGAUAUAGUUACUUGGAGUACCAUGAUUCAGGGAUACGCUUCCAAUGGACUUAGUAAAGAAGCGUUGGACCUCUUUUUCGAAAUGCUGAAAGCAAAAACGAAACCCGAUUGUUAUGCAAUGGUUGGUGUGCUUUCUGCUUGUGCAAGGUUAGGAGCACUAGAAUUAGGGGAGUGGGCAAGCAAAUUGAUGGACAGAAAUGAGUUCUUGUCGAACCCUGUCCUUGGCACAGCUCUGAUUGACAUGUAUGCCAAAUGUGGGUGCAUGGUCCAAGCCUGGGAAAUCUUCAAAGGGAUGAAGGAUAAAGACCUCGUGGUGUGGAAUGCUGCAAUGUCUGGGUUAGCUAUGAAUGGACAUGUUCAAGCUGUUUUCGGACUCUUUGGCCAAUUGGAGAAAUUUGGGAUUCAACCCAGUGGGAACACGUUUAUGGGUUUGCUUUGUGCUUGUACUCAUGCUGGUCUAGUUGAUGAGGGCCGUAGAUAUUUCAACAGCAUGAAUUGUGUAUUCUCCUUGUCUCCCACAAUUGAGCAUUAUGGAUGUAUGGUGGAUCUUCUUGGCCGUGCGGGUUUAUUGGAUGAAGCUCAUCGGUUAAUCAAAAGCAUGCCAAUGGAGGCUAACGCCAUUGUUUGGGGAGCCUUAUUGGGUGGAUGUAGGCUGCAUAGGGAUACCCAGUUGGCAGAGAUAGUACUUAAAAAACUUAUUGAGUUAGAACCAUGGAGCUCUGGGAACUAUGUUCUUCUAUCAAAUAUUUACUCAGCCAGUAAUAAGUGGAAUGAGGCAGAAAAUAUUAGAACGAGGAUGAAUCAACAAGGUAUUCAGAAAAUACGAGGAUGCAGUUGGGUUGAAGUAGAUGGAGUUGUUCAUGAAUUCCUCGUGGGAGACAAGUCCCACCCAUUGUCUGAGAAGAUCUAUGCAAAACUUGAUGAAUUAAGCAAAGAACUAAAAGCAGCUGGUUAUGUUCCCACAACUGAGUUUGUGCUGUUUGACAUAGAAGAGGAGGAGAAAGAGCAUUUUCUUGGUUAUCACAGUGAGAAGUUGGCCAUCGCAUUUGGUCUGAUUAGUACCACUUCCAAAGAUGUGAUUCGAGUAGUGAAAAACCUUCGAGUAUGUGGUGAUUGUCAUGAGGCCAUUAAGUUAAUUUCAAAGAUUACAGGGAGAGAGAUAAUUGUUCGAGACACUAACCGGUUUCAUUAUUUUGUCAAUGGUUUAUGUUCAUGCAAUGAUUAUUGGUAAAUCUCAUAUAAUUAUUAUUAUUAUUUUUGUUUCUCUUUUGGUUCUAGAAUAACCUUUAAGAUCAUUGGUAAUUCACUUUUGGCCCUCGGAAGAAAGAAAUGGUGGACUAACAUACAGUCUUUUUGUAUCAUUCUCGAAGUUAUAGACUGUUUUAUUAUAAUUAGAGAGAGGUCAAAUCUAGCUUAGUCAAGAACAUAUAUGAUUUUUGUAAUGCCAAUUUGCAAGUGCUUACCAACGUGGAUGGAUGGAGUGGAGUGGAAGUUUCUCUCAUCCUUCUUUAAUACAAUUUGGAUUUUAGUGCUCAA